UCCUUCAUCUUGCUUUAAUUUCAACCUCUUCUGUGGGUCAAUUCCCACCAUUUAUUUCCAUCAGUAGCUGGGGCCCCUUCCAUCGCUUCCCUUUUCUUCAUUUUGGUUUCUUUUUUCAACGGAUUGAACGCAUGUUCUCAUCAAUUCGUCUGCUUUUUCUUCGUUUCCUGUCUUGCCUCUCAUUAUGCCCCACUUGCUGUCUUACGGAACUUCAGUCCUAGUCCAUCUCUCCUCCAUCAGGCCUUCCUGUCUAUUUUUUUUUUCUAUAGCAACCAUUCUAUUGACGUCCUUCUGAUUGAUGCAAGAACCUGCUUAGAUGGUUUACUAUACCAUCGUUGAGGCUAUUUGGUCUACUCGUAGCAUUUGCCAUCUUCCUUUCCCUGCAAUCCUAUUUAGUGCAGGUUUCGACAUUCCAUCAUGGUUAUGGCCCUUUCACAUCUUCAAGCAAGCCAGGUGCCUCCACUGCUGCCAGCAAAAGAGCAGGUGUAUGCUUCCUACUCAUCUGGGUCAUCAAACACAAACUUUUCCAUCUUAGUGAUAGCAAUCGUGGGGAUCGUGGCCACAGCUAUUUUGCUGGUGAGCUACUACAUCUUUGCCAUCAGAUGCUGCUUAAAUUGGCAAUAUUUCAGCCGCAGAUUCAGGGCUUUGAGAGACCUCAGCAGCUUCUCCAAUCCACAGAACCACCAUAACCACCAACCAAGGGUUUAUGCUCCGGAGAACAGGGGAUUGGAAGAGUAUGUCAUCCAAUCGAUCCCUGUGUUUAACUUCAAGAGAAAGGAUUGCUUCCUCUGCGAGGACUCCUACGAGUGUGCCGUCUGCUUGAACCAGUUUGAGGAAGGUGAAAAAUUGAGGAUAUUACCCAAGUGCUCGCACGCAUUCCACAUAGAUUGCGUUGAUACAUGGCUGCAAACCCACUCAAACUGCCCCAUCUGCAGAGCAUGCGUCUCAAACACAGUACUCUGUCAUCAAUACCUGAUUGAGAUAGAAAAUCCCUUCACAGAAGGCCGUCAAAAUCUUCACUCGGACGGUCAGAAUGGUCUUUCAAGGGAGAAUGUCAGUCAAUCUCAGCCCACUGAGAAUAGUGAUGUUCAAGCAGGGCAAGAAGGACAGUGUGCUGUAGUUCAGGUGGCCGGUACCACUAGUCCCAACAAGAUGAUGGAGUCAGGUUUCUUUGAAGUUAAAUUCACAAACAGGAAGUCAGCAGUGGAGGGGAUGAAAAUGCGUCACCACCACCAUUCUAGCAUUGGAGAUGAGUGCAUAGAUGUGAGGAAACGAGACGAUCAGUUCUCGAUAGAACCAAUCAGGAGAUCUUUCUCUUUGGAUUCCUGUUCUGACAGGCAGCUUUACAUAAGCCUGGCAGAGAUCUUGGCACAGAAUCCUCAUCUUCGUGCAGUGGGCAGUGAGGAAGGAUGCAGCAACAGCAGCAGCGGCAGAGCUAGAAGGAUGUUCUUCCCUUUCAGCCAUGGGAGAGGAAUGUCCAGAAAUGCCAUUCUUCCAGUUAGGGUGGAGCCCCGACUCCCUUGAAAUUAAUCCUUUUUUUAUCUUUUUAAUUUUAUCCGGUCAUCUCCUCCCCUUCCAGGCUUCCAGCUCCUCCUCCUCUCUCUCCCUCCCUUUCUCUCCGCCUAGUUGUAGCAAAAUCAGAUGGUGAAAUAGAUGGGGUUCGAUGGAGUGUAAAGCGAAAUAAUGUUCAUAGAUACAACGAAUCGUGAUCAUCGCAAUUCAA